GCGGGAGGAGGUAAAAAAAAAUAAAGCUUAGAACGGCUUGUCACGCAAGGAGGGAGUAGGGUUGUGUUUUUGUUAAAAAAAUAGUUUGUAUUAUUUUUUAAUUAUGACUGAGAAAAUGGAAGGUGCAAAGACUACUGAAGAGACGCCGACAGAGGAACAACAGGAAAUGCAGGAUAAGGUGGUCAGUCCAGAGAAACUGGAGGAAGCCAAGUUGAGGGCCAGGUAUCCCAACCUUGGCACCAAGCCUGGGGGCUCCGACCUCCUCAGGAAACGACUUCAGAAGGGGCAAAAGUACUUUGACUCCGGCGACUACAACAUGGCCAAGGAAAAGAUGAAGAACAAACCGCUGCCUGCAGCCAUGGCGGAGAAGACGGAGAUCACUGGAGGCCACAUCCCCACCCCAAAGGACCUUCCUCAGAGGAAAACCUCUCUGGUGGCCAGCAAACUGGCUGGUUGAUGGCAGCUUUAAGGGCACUGCUUAGGUCCUCAGUUCUGUUCUGUCACCUCCCCUACCUUUUCAUUGUCCCCUGUCAUGUUAUUCUUCAUUCCUUUUAUUUCUCAGUUUACUUCCAUUUAUAAGUGCUCUGAAAAAAGAGAAAAAAAAACAAGUAGGCAGUUAAUUACUGCUGCUAGAGGAGGGCCCUGUCACACUGUCUGUAUUGCCAGCCAGUGGUAGGAAAAACAGACAAAACCAGUCUAAAAUCAGUCUACUCAAAGGUUAAAUGUACUGUAGUAAUUCUGAAUGGAAUGUGCAUAGUUGCUUGUGUUGGAGUUACGGAAGGAAUCAACGUUUUAGAAGAUUUUACAUUUUACUGUACCAUUCCUUACGUCCUCAUCUAAAUUAUGAAGUAAUGUGCUUGAAUGAUUUAAUAUGAACCACAAUACUGUCCGUGCACCCCUCCUCCUCGUCAUUGCUAUGUUAUUUGUUUUGUAUACUUCAAAAAAAUGAAGAAUGGACCACACAGCUAUUGCUACAGGGUCAUGCUAGAAAGAGCAUGUGUGACACUAGGUUCUAGAAGGCUGCUGUUUGCUUGUCUCCAAUCUGUAAUUACAAAAUGGCCUUAAACCCUCAGUCGGCUUUAUCACCCGCAGGCUCUCUUGGGCAAUAUUUGUCCACCCCCUGGAAAAACCCCAGUUAUCCUUGUCAGGAGUGUGUGCAGAAACCAGUCUCCAUUAGGCUUUGUGGUUGGGCAACUCACCAAGAUGAAAUGUCUGAAGUGUGCAUGUGCAUCAACUGUGCAGUCACUUUUGUGCCAUGUUUUUUUGUAAAUAAAAUAGU